GCUUCCAAAGUUCUCUUCUGAAAUGUACGGUAUAUGGUUUUCUCCAUAUAUUAAAGGAAUCUUCUGAAAGCUCAAUGAUUUAACCAGGUGUUAAUAGUUGGCAGCUACAAAACGAAAUUUGGGUCAGCAGAAGCAGCAAAAGAAAGAAAAUUAUGGGGGGAAAGAAUUCCAAGGAUCAAGGAGAAGAAAGCACAAUGCUAAAGAAAAGCCAGAAGCUACCUCUUUGGGAAGAAACUCUUCUUUCUGGAAAAGAUCCCAAAACACUGUUAAAGCGUGGGCUGCACUAUGUCAGUCUGAACCUCAUCAUGAAGGGGAUGAUAAAGACACCUAACUUUUUAUGGGGACUACCACAAGUCCAGAAAUUGAAUCUUUCACACAACCGACUGGUGGCCCUUCCUCCUGCUUUGGGGAAACUUGAACAGCUGGUGGUCCUGAACUUGUGUGGGAACCGCAUAAAGUCCCUGCCUAAAGAGAUUGGACUGCUUAGGAAUCUGAAGGUUUUGUUUGCCAAUAUGAAUUGCUUGACUGAAGUUCCGUUGGAGCUUGGACACUGUAAGAAGUUGGAAAUUUUGAGCCUCUCACACAAUUACAUCUCUUGGUUCCCUUCUAGCAUUGCAGAACUGGUCAACUUAAGGAAGCUGAAUAUGAGCAACAAUAGGUUUGUUUAUAUUCCCAUGAGUGUGUUUGCGUUGAGAAAUUUGGAUUUUUUGCAUGUAGGCUGCAACAAACUUGAAAACAUUGGAGACAGUGUCCAGUUUCUAAGCAAACUGCAGAUCCUGAUUGCUGACUCUAACAACAUUCAUGCAUUGCCAAGGUCUAUCUGCUCAAUCACUACUCUCGAAUUGCUAAAUGUUGAUUACAAUGCUAUACAAGUACUUCCGUAUGAACUUUAUUUGCUGAAUCGAUUGCCCAAAAUUGCUUGGAAUCCUCUGGAUAAGGGACUCCAUAUUUUGCACAAUCCUUUGUCAAAACCAUUGCCACAAAUUAUAGACGGAGGAAUAAAUGCACUCUACAAAUACCUUAAAGAGAAAAGUCAGCUUGCAUAAAUAUAUACCUUGGUUUGGAACAGAUCUGGUAGAAAUGCCUCAAUUCUGCCAUUUAUUUUUUUCUGGUCAAUGGCUUUUAAUAUACAAAACAGAUACUGGAAUACAGUUAUAAUUGGGUUUUUUUUCUGGAAACAGGUACAUUGUCUAUGGAAUAUUUUUUUUCCUAAAUAAAUGUAUCCUUUGAAUA